CGGGAGCGGUGCACGCCUGGGCCGCAGCUACUCCGGGCCGGGCCGGGAGCCAUCGUUUGAGCCAGCCCGGGAGGAAGGCGAGGCGGAGUUGGGCGUCCACUCCCGGACGGACUGCGCCAGCGCGGGUCCCCGCCUGGGCGCGCAGCUCUCAGCGACCUCCGGCCGUGUGUUUUCCGAGUCCAGCUCUCACAGUGUCCGACCUGGUAGUGCGGUUCUUUCGCCGCCCUGGGCAGCCCCUUGGCGCCGGGAAGCGGCGGCGUGGGCCGGCCGGCAGUCUGGAGCGCCCCGAUGGAAAUACACUGUAAGCACGACCCGUUUGCAUCCAUGCAUAGACAUGGAGGAGUCAAUCAGCUUGGGGGGGUUUUUGUGAAUGGACGGCCACUUCCGGAUGUAGUCCGCCAAAGGAUAGUGGAACUUGCUCAUCAAGGUGUCAGGCCCUGCGACAUCUCCAGGCAGCUUCGGGUCAGCCAUGGUUGUGUCAGCAAGAUUCUUGGCAGGUAUUAUGAGACUGGAAGCAUCAAGCCUGGGGUAAUCGGAGGAUCCAAACCAAAGGUUGCCACGCCCAAAGUGGUGGAAAAAAUCGCUGAAUAUAAACGCCAAAAUCCCACCAUGUUUGCCUGGGAGAUCAGGGACCGGCUGCUGGCAGAGCGAGUGUGUGACAAUGACACGGUACCCAGUGUGAGUUCCAUCAACAGGAUCAUCCGGACGAAAGUACAGCAGCCACCCAAUCAGCCGGUCCCAGCUUCCAGUCACAGCAUAGUGUCCACAGGCUCUGUGACGCAGGUGUCGUCGGUGAGCACAGACUCGGCUGGCUCCUCCUACUCCAUCAGCGGCAUCCUCGGCAUCACCUCCCCCAGCGCCGACACCAACAAGCGCAAGAGAGAUGAAGGCAUUCAGGAGUCUCCGGUGCCGAAUGGUCACUCGCUCCCGGGCAGAGAUUUCCUGCGGAAGCAGAUGCGGGGAGACCUGUUCACACAGCAGCAGCUGGAGGUGCUGGACCGCGUGUUUGAGAGGCAGCACUACUCGGACAUCUUCACCACCGCGGAGCCCAUCAAACCCGAGCAGACCACAGAGUACUCCGCCAUGGCCUCAUUGGCUGGAGGCCUGGACGAUAUGAAGGCCAACCUGAGCAGCCCCACACCUGCUGAUCUCGGGAGCAGUGUGCCUGGCCCGCAGUCCUACCCCAUCGUGACAGGCCGCGACUUGGCGAGCACUACCCUCCCUGGCUACCCUCCGCACGUCCCCCCCGCCGGACAGGGCAGCUACUCAGCGCCCACGCUGACAGGGAUGGUGCCUGGGAGUGAGUUUUCUGGGAGCCCCUACAGCCACCCUCAGUACUCCUCAUACAACGACUCCUGGAGGUUCCCCAACCCGGGACUGCUUGGCUCCCCAUACUAUUACAGCGCGGCCGCCCGAGGAGCUGCCCCGCCUACGGCCGCCACUGCCUAUGAUCGCCACUGACCCUCGGAGCCCGGGGGGCACCAAGCACUUCUGACACAUCUCACUGCGGGCCAGAACCUCCCAGCUCCCACCCCUGACAGCCAGAGGGGCCACACAAGACGGUCCUCCAACAACCCCCUCGCCUGAAGACCCCACCCUUCCCUUCCCCCCCUAGGGACUCCCAGGUCCCUGGACUUCAGGACACUCGUCUGCUUUCGCAAUCUUCUCCCAAUGGUGACUGGGGCUCAGCCAACCACCAAACUGUUCUAGAGACACCCACAGCCCUGCCCCCUUCCCCUGCUGUCUCGCUGUCUGUCCGUCCUUCCCUGUGGAGCCCUGGGUCUGGGCAGGCAGACAACCUGCUGUUGCUGCUGCUUCACCAGCCCCUGUGUAAAUACCCACUUACUGUGCUGCAGGCCCAGGGACCAAGCAACUGGCCAGCCCACGACUGCAUCCUGAACCCAGGACACCUUGAGCCUGUGCACAAAGCAGCCCGUCUGCCUUGGCUGCCCUGGUCUGGUGGGACCUGGAGCUGGCCCUGAGACUGUUGCUGCCCACCUCUGUCCCAACCUCCUGCUUCUUCCUCUUUCCCUAAGGCCCUGACUCCUUGGGCUGGCUUGGCCUCCCCUCGAUCCUGAGGCCCCUCCGCAAGGUGACUGCACUUUGGAGAGAGGCCCUGCCUUCUGCCUCCACCUCUCCGUGGUCCCAGCACGACUUGAGUGGCUCCUUUCCAGAGCACAGGACUCCAGGAACCUGUCUGGGAGCAUCCUCGGCAGCUGAGCAAGAGUGAGGUGGCAACAGCCAAGUGCAAGUGGCAUGGGGACUUGGAAUGUCAGGCCAAGGUGGACCCAAGGUGUUCCCGACUCCCCGAGAGCCGCCGAACUGGACUGAGGCAUGUCCAGACUCAGCUCCCUUUGGACACCACUGUGGACGUGCCACCCACCCUCUAGGACCCCAGCAAGUGACUUUUGGGCAAGCCUGAACCACGCAGCACAGGCAAUGGCUAGCCAGGACAUUCCCCUGUACCAAGGACCACAAGCAGCUACUGCUGUCAGCAAGCACUUCUGAGCUCAGCGUGUGCCUGCGUGCAGAGGUGCUGGGGUCAGGGCAGAUAGCUCAUUUCACGUAACUUACUGAUCCUAGGAGCCACGGUGGUCAGGGUCGUGGCUGAGUGUGGGGGUGGGAGGUCAAAGGAAGCCAUU